UCCAGAGGAACUGCUGUCUGACGCUCUGUAACUUCAGUAUUCCUGAGGAGCUGGAGUUCCAGUAUCACAGAGUCAAUCUGCUGCUGCUGAAGAUCCUGGAGCCGGCGCGUCAGGACGAGUCCAUCCAGCGCAUCGCUGUCCAUCUGUGUAACGCACUCGUCUGUCAGGUCGACAACGACCACAAAGAAGCCGUUGGCAAGAUGGGAUUCGUCAAGACGAUGCUGAAUCUGAUCCAGAAGAAGCUGCAGGACAGAAUGUGUGAUCAGGUAAUGGAGUUCUCGUGGAGUGCGCUCUGGAACAUCACAGACGAGACGCCUGAUAACUGUCAGAUGUUCCUGGAGUGUAACGGCAUGAAUCUCUUCCUGGAUUGUCUGAAGGAGUUUCCUGAUAAGCAGGAGUUGCACCGUAACAUGCUGGGGCUGCUGGGUAACGUGGCCGAAGUGAAGGCGCUGAGGCCGCAGCUGCUGACCAAGCAGUUCAUCACGGUGUUCAGUGAGCUGCUGGACAGUAAAGCGGACGGCAUCGAGGUGUCCUAUAAUGCCUGCGGAGUCCUGUCACACAUCAUGUUCGACGGGCCGGAGGUCUGGACCAUGGAGGAGCCCAGGAGGACACACGUCAUGGACAAAAUGUGGGCGGCCAUCCAGAGCUGGGACGUCAGCUCGCGACGCAACAUCAACUACAGGCACGUCAGAGUCCUUGGGGACAUUUCAUUUUGUGUUAAUGCAAAGACCAUAAAAUUACUAGUAUUUUUCUGUUCAUAAAUCUCUUUUACGCUAGGUACAAAAAUAGUGACACUCCGGACCUUCGGGGCAAAAACAUCCAAUAAAAUGCAGUAUUGUGUUUUGAAUGUGCCA